GCUUUGGGAGGACUAGGAAAAAUAGCAUUUAUUUUGAACAGAGUAAUACUCUCAUUUUGCUUAUAUAUAUAUAUAUAUAUAUAAACAUACAAAUUUGAUUUUCUAUAAACUACCGCAAAUUAGAUUUUAAAACAUUUUUACUUGCCAUGACAUAUAUGUUUGUACGCUUGUAUAACUAAUCCACAUAUAUGAGGAAUUUAUGUUUGUGUCAGAAAGACUUACUGCGGAAAUUCAUUCAUUUUGCGUAAUCAGGAAGAAAUAAUAUUCUGGGACUUCGUGUAAUUGGCUUGUUCUUUCUUUCACUUUAGUUGAGAAACUUACUCCAUUAAUAUCAGAUUGAGAAAGAAAGAUUGAUUACUUUAUAUAUAUAUAUAUAUAUAUAUAUAUGUAUACACACAUAAAAAGGCAGCCAUUGAAGCUUUUUCUUCUUCAAGCUUUUCGUCAGAUGAACGUGACUUUUGCAGAAAGUUGAGAAAACUUUUCUUUCCAUCUCUGAUAUCAUCAUCUGUUUAUCAGGCUUGAAAUGGGCUCCACGCAUGGGAAUCCACUGCUUCUUUCCCUGAUUUUGAUGGUGAUAAUUUUAGCAUGGAGGAUUCCAGGAAUAGCAGGACAGACAAAUACAACAAGUAGCUCUGCACCAGAAGGGAGCAAUUUGAUUCAGGGAAACAAUGUCUCUGAUUCUUUGAGCAAGUCUGAUGAUACAGUAAGAGUGGAUCCUUUAGAUAAUUUCAAGAAAUAUAGAGGAGGAUAUAACAUUACAAACAAGCAUUAUUGGAGUUCAACCAUAUUCAGUGGAAUUUCUGGUUACGCACUUGGGGUGCUCUGGCUUUUGUGUGGAAUUCUAUAUGGAGGCUUUUUUUUAGUAAAAAAGUUGUGUUUCAAAAACAGAAAUAAUGAAGCACAGAAGAAAAUGUCACUUUGUUACAAGCAAUGCGACCUCUGGCCUAUUCUGCUUGCCAUUUUCUUAGCACUUCUUGCAAUAGUUGCAUCAGGGCUAGUUCUAGGAGGCAAUGGGAGAUUCCAUUCAGAAGCGAAAACUGUGGUGAAAAUCAUCAUGGAUACAGCAAAUGGAGCAUCAGAAUCCAUAUACAACACGACCGGUGCAAUGAAAGAGAUUAAAGAUAACUUGGGAAAUUAUAGUGGAAGUAGUGAGGCUACUGAAUUCCUUACCUCUACAACCGAGGAACUAGAUGUCGAAGCUGCUGAGAUAGAGAGGCAGGCAGGGAAGAACAGGCGCCUCAUUGACAAGGGUCUUAAGAUAGUCUAUAUAAUAACCAUAACAACUAUUUCACUGAAUCUGGCAGCAGUGAUUCUCCUGUCAGUCUCUGGGAUUCUGAGGUUACGACAAGCACUUCGAUUACUCAUUAUAUUUUGCUGGUUCCUGACUGUUCUGUGCUGGCUAUUUUUCGGGAUAUAUUUCUUCCUGGACAAGUUCUCAGGUGACACUUGCACAGCCUUCGAAAAUUUCCAACAGAAUCCCGAAAACAACAGCUUAAGCUCCAUCCUACCCUGUGAUGAAUUGAACUCAGCAAAAUCAAUGCUACAUGACGUCAGUAAAGUGGUCUACAACCUUGUAAAUGAGGUGAAUGCAAAUAUAUCUUCCAUACCGGCAACAUCCAAUCCGGGUAUUGCUCAUGUCUGCAAUCCUUUCUCAGAACCACCAGAAUAUCAGUACCAGCAAGAAAACUGUCCAUCUAAUACGAUAAGGAUAGGAGACAUCCCAAAGGUACUGAAGAUAUUUACUUGCUCGGAAAAUGUGACAUGUGAAGAUGGACAGGUUUCCAUCUCCAACAGCAAUUACAAAAUGGUGGAAGCUUACACAAGCUCCAUACAAAAUCUGGUAAAUGCAUAUCCGGGUAUGGAAAGUCUGGUGGAAUGUCAGUCAGUAAAGGAUGCCUUUUCCAAAAUCCUUUCUAAUCACUGCAAACCUUUGAAGAGAUUUGUUAAGAUGGUUUGGGCAGCAAUGCUCUUUCUGUCAUUGAUCAUGGUGUUUUUGGUUGUAUUGUGGACAAUACAAGUUCAUCAUGAACAGAACCACCAUUUUUCAGAUGAUUCUGUGAAAUCCCAUUCUCCAACACCAAAUAUGCUGGAAUUAACCGCAGAUAAAACUAAAGAUAACCGAAAUUAUCCUAGUUUAGUCUAAAAUUUAGCAAACAACUAGAGGUGGAGUAUUUACGCGCAAGCGAAUACCCAAAAAGUUUCUAGUUAUAGGAUAGAGAUACAACAGGAUAGAGAUUCAACAAUGUAUAGAUAGAUAAAAGAUCAAGGCGGAGAUAUAAAAAGUGAAAAAAAGAGAAGGAAAAAAAAAGAAAAAAAAGAAAAGAAAAGAAAAAUGUCCCUGUCAAUUAAAAGAGUUUGGUUUAUGUGGGAAAUUUGUUUUUGCCAGAAAGCUGGUAGUCAAUUUAUUCCUUCUCACAAAGCAGGGGAACCAACCCCACAAUGAUGUGUAAGGAAAUUUGUCAAGAAAUUAAUAUAUAUUUUCCAAAUCAUUUUCAUU